AUGUAAGUUACGCUGGUUGGAGAGAGCCCACAGGGACUAACUUGUGGAAAUCGCCAACUGUAGACCUUCAUAUUCCGAGACUUACGACCAGUGACCAUACUAAUAGCCGAAAUACGUUAUUAUUUGUUGGAUCGAAGAUGUGA